AUGGUAAAAAUUAGGGUCACCUCUUGCUUGUGCUUAAUCUUUCUGGCUUUCUCCACAGUGCUUGGAGAACACCAAGAUACCUGCAAAAAAUUGAAGUGUGGAGAUAAAGGCCCAGCUGUCCAUUUCCCUUUCAGCCUCAAAGGCAGGCACCCAGAUCACUGUGUCUUUCCUGGGUUUGUCCUGUCAUGCAAUGAGAAGCAUGAAACAAUUCUUGAGCUUCCAAUUCCAUUCAAAUUCCCAGUCAAAAGCAUAGAUUAUAAGGCUCAGGCAAUCCAAUUAUAUGACCCAGAAAGCUGUCUUCUGGUGAAGCUUUUGAAAGUCUUCAACAAGUCAAUCUCUCCCUUCCACUUCUCAAAAAAUUACAUGACUGAUCUUACCUUAUUCAAUUGCUCUUUAGCUGAGAGGCAAUUAGAUGAACCAGUCCCCUGCUUCAGUGGCCCUGGCUACCAAGUUUAUUCUGUUGUUUCUUCCAAAAGCAUUCGGGACUUGCCCCUACUGUCUUGUACAAAAAUGUAUAAUUUGUCAUCAGUUCCAUAUUUUUCAUACGAGCCUGCCAAUCUUUAUUUGGAGUGGUCUGAACCAAAUUGUGGACAGUGUGAGGCAAGGGGCAAGAUGUGUAGAUUGAAGAACAAUGGAACCAAAAGUGAAAUUGAAUGUGUGGACUUCAGUAAAGCAGGUACGAAAAGAAAAUGGGUGGCUACAGGUGCAUCUCUGGGUUCAUUUGUUGUGUUACUCCUAGUUGUUGCAGCCUAUCGUGUCUAUAGUUCUGAUAGAAAAGAAAAGGAGAAUCAGUUAAAGAUUGAAAGAUUUUUAGACGAUUACAGAGCUCUCAAACCUAGCAGAUAUGCAUAUGCAGAUAUUAAGAGGAUUACAAAUGACUUCAAGGACAAGUUAGGGGAAGGAGCCUAUGGAACUGUUUAUAAAGGAAUGCUUUCUUCUGAACUCUUUGUCGCUGUGAAAGUCCUCAAUAGUUCUAAGGGAGAUGGGGAAGAGUUCAUCAAAGAAGUGGGAACACUGGGUCAUAUCCACCAUGUCAAUGUCAUUCGCUUGGUUGGCUUUUGCGCUGAUGGAUUUAGACGAGCUCUUGUUUAUGAGUUCUUUCCAAAUGGUUCACUGCAGGAUUUCAUUUCAUCACCAGACAAUAAGAACAGUUUCCUUGGUUGGGAUAAGAUGCAAGAUAUUGCUCUAGCCAUAGCCAAAGGAAUUGAAUAUCUUCACCAAGGAUGCGAUCAGCGAAUCCUCCAUUUUGACAUCAAACCUCAUAACGUUUUGCUAGACCACAACUUCACUCCAAAGAUUUCUGAUUUUGGUUUAGCCAAGUUAUGUUCCAAGGAUCAAUGCAUAGUGUCAAUGACUACAGCUAGGGGCACCAUGGGCUACAUUGCACCUGAAGUGUUCUCCAGUAACUUUGGAAAUGUGUCCUAUAAGUCACAUGUGUAUAGUUUUGGAAUGUUACUGCUUGAGAUGGUAGCAGGAAGGAAGAAUGUCGGUUCAGCCACGGAGAACACAAAUGAAAUCUACUAUCCCGAAUGGAUUUAUAAUCUUCUAGAAGAAGGAGAUGACCUAUGCAUCCAUAUCGGUGAAGAAGGAGAAGGAAAAAUUCCAAAGAAACUUGCAAUUGUAGGGCUCUGGUGCAUCCAAUGGCAUCCAGUGGAUCGCCCUUCAAUGAGAGCCGUGGUUCAGAUGUUGGAAGGAGGAGAAAGCUUAACCGUGCCUCCCAAUCCCUUUGCCUCUACAGGUGUUGCAGGAACCAAUGGAAGUACGGCUGCAAGAAAUCUAAACAUUCAGUUAGAAGCAAUUCCUGAGUUGGAGUAA